ACCGCUGUUGCCUUGUGAUGACACACGGCCAAACGAUACUCUUUCAGGAAAAGCUGACACGGGGAACAAUGAAUGCCACAUUCCUUCAGCUCACCAACGGAUCCUUCAACUCCACCGACCGCUGCCCCAGAGACACCCGGAUUACUCAUCUGGUCUUCCCUGCCCUUUACACCACCAUCUUCCUUGCCGGGAUGCUACUGAAUAGCCUGGCUUUAUGGGUUUUCUUUAAGAUUCCCAGCUCCUCCACAUUCAUAGUCUACCUUAAAAACACUUUGGUGGCCGAUUUGGUCAUGACUCUGAUGCUCCCUUUCAAAAUUCUCUCAGAUGCCAACCUUGGACCCUGGCAAAUCCGAGCCUUCGUGUGCCGUUACUCAGCAGUGAUCUUUUAUGAGACCAUGUACAUUGGCAUCAUCUUACUGGGACUCAUAGCUUUUGACCGCUUCCUGAAGAUCAUCCGACCCUUUGGGAAAUUCUGCGUGCAGAAGCCCAUUUUUGCCCAGAUCCUUUCCGUAGUGGUCUGGCUCUUCUUGUUCUUCCUUUCCUUGCCGAACAUGAUCUUAUCUAACAAGGAAGCCACACCACAAUCGGUAAAGAAGUGUGCUUCCCUCAAGGGUCCCUGGGGCCUCAUAUGGCACGAAGCGGUCACUUACGUGUGUCAAUUUAUUUUCUGGACUGUUUUUUCUCUGAUGUUUCUGUUUUAUGUGGUGAUUGCCAAGAAGGUGUAUGAGUCUUUCCGAAAAUCCCAGAGUAAAGCUGCCAAAGGCAACAAAUAUCUAGAAAGCAAAGUCUUCGUCGUCGUGGUCGUGUUCUUCGUGUGCUUCGCCCCUUUUCAUUUCGCCAGGAUCCCCUAUACUAAGAGCCAGACCAACAACAGCAAGACCGACUGUGCCAGGCAGAACCAGCUGUUCUGGGCUAAGGAAGCCACCCUCUUCUUGGCCGCAACCAACAUUUGCAUGGAUCCCCUAAUAUACAUAUUCUUAUGUAGAAAAUUCACAGAAAAGCUGCCCUGUGUGAGGAAAAUUGGAAGGACAAGCCAAGAAAAUCACAGCACUCAAACUGAUAACAUAACUUUAAGUUGACAUUUUGUGAGUAACCCCCAUUGAGUAUAUGGGCUCAGAGGAGAUGUUAUGCCGUAGUUCUGCCUAGGGUGGUUGGGACAAAAGAAUUUAAGCAGUUAAAUAAAGUGCUGGAGCCGGAGAA